GCGGCCGUAGCCUCUCGCCGGUCUUUCCCAGAGCAUGGCGCCGAAGGUGCAGCCGCCGUCUACUGCCGUUGUGUUCGGCAACACAACUUCGCUCUCAAGAUCCGGCCGUGUUGGCUGGGACAGAUUCUUCGCGAGGAGAAGCGCCUGGAGAUUCGAAGGUGCCGCUGCGCUCGUCCGGAGCAGGUCACCCGCAUGGAAACUGGCACGCUGCUCCUGCGUGCGCGGGCCAGGAUCACGGAGUCCCACCUCGUGACGGACGCAGAGAUGGUCGAGAAUCACCAGGCACUUGAUUAUGCAUGGAUUCUGACCGGGGUAGAGAUCCUGGAUCCGCCUUUCCGCGUGCCGUCCAUCGUGGCACGCCGCUGCGUUACAUGGAUGCUGCGCGCUCGCUGGAAAGCUUGGGACGAAGGUCAUCUGCGGACGCCGGCCACAAUCACCGACUUCUUCGCAGCCGGCCGCACCUCCAGCGCUGGCCCUUCUGCCUCGUCGCGGUCGUGGAUUCGCUCAUUUCCCGGCGACCGGGACGGCGCGGCCGAAUCUUGA